AUGUCUCUUAAAGAAAUAUUUAUAUCUACAUCAAUGUGGUAUUUAGUUUUGAUUCUUUUUGUUAAUACAGUUGCUGACAUAUCCGUAUAUUACUUCGGUUCAAAUGAACCUCCGAGAACAUCCAAAGCGCUCAGCUACGGUAAUUGUAGGACAGAAGAAACAGCAAAUUAUUGUUAUGAAAAGUGUGGGUCUAAGCAUACGUGUUUACUGGGUCAAUGUUUUUGUGUGAAAGAGUAUGUUACUUCUGGAGACAGUAACCUAGUAAUAAAAACAGAAGAAUUCAGAGUAAGACAUAAAGUUUUACCAGCAAAGUCAUCGGAAGAAGAAGAUGAAGAAGAAUCAACAAAUCUGGAACCUAACAACUUGGGCCAGGGUUUAGAGGAGCAUCCGGCACUGAGGCACCACAUCGCUCACUUCUGUCCAGACCUUGACCUAGCGAGAGAUUGCAUCUACCAAUGCAUGGCGGUUGGGAAACCGGCUUUUUGCGGAAAGGACCAUGUAUGUUACUGUGGUCAUCUCUAUGACAACCCAGCAACAAAUCCUGGUAUGAAUCCUAAUGAGACUUACAAUCAAUUCAGAGAUUUGUACGAAAAAUACUUCGGACCUGAAUAUCCUCACAUACCGAAGCUCCUAAAAAAAAAGAAUCCAAAGGAAAAGAGGACAAAGAAAAGGAAGGCAUCGAAAGGGAAGGCAACGAAAGCCGAGGAAACGAAAGCGAACGCAACGAAAGCGGAGGAAAUGAAAGCGGACGGAACGAAAGUGGAGGAAACGAAAGCCAACGCAACGAAAGCGGAGGAAAUGAAAUCGGACGGAACGCAAGCGGAUGCAACGAAAGCCAACGCAACGAAAGCGGAGGAAAUGAAAUCGGACGGAACGCAAGCGGAUGAAACAAAAACGGACGAAAAUAAAGCCAACGCAACGAAAUAG